GCCCAGCUUCUUCGUUCCUUCGCACCCUCUCCCGCUUGAUCGUCUCUAACCCAGGUCGCAACGCUCGAAUUCACAGACGUAGCAAUGGCUUCAGAAGAGGGCGCCCCGGCCACCUCAGCCUCAUCUUCACGACAACCAACCCAUCCCUCCGUCAUCCAGGUGGUGUACCGACCGGGCGACUUCAGCUCCUACAGCGUAUCUACCACCACUCUCCCACCGGGGGCACUGAUGGCCCGGCUCACCAGCCCGCCGCUGACGUUCGCGGACCACAAGCGCUGGUCCAGCGUGCAGGUGUCGGAGAACAAGCACGUCGAGCUGAACUGCGACUUCCUGUACAUCAACCACAGCUGCGAGCCGAGCCUGGAGUUCCACGUCGUGCCGGACUCCGAGGAGCCCGUGAUCGAAGUCCGGGUCGCGGCGCGCCGGGACGAAAACGGCAACCCCAGGGGCGUGGCGCCCGGCGACGUGCUGACCUUCUUCUACCCCAGCACCGAGUGGGAGAUGGACCAGCCGUUCCAGUGCCACUGCGGGACGCGGAGCUGCAAAGGGCGCAUCAGCGGGGCCAAGGACUUGACGAGCGAACAGUUGCGAGGCUACUUCCUCAACGCCCACAUCGAGGAUCUCAGGAGCAUCCCGGCCGACGGCGAGGGCAGCAAGCCCAGUGCGCAGAGGCGCGGGGGUUGGUAG